AUGGCUGUUGGUACUUUGUUAAAUGAGAAUGUUGUCUCUGAUGGUGGAACUAGUCAAAUAUAUUGGAACCAACUUUGUCCCUUGCGUUCUCUUGAGGUGAAUAGAUCAAGAUUUGCCAAUAAGUUUCUAAUGUCUGCCAUUAGUACUCAAACUGCCCCAUCUUCGUCAUCAUUUUCUUCUUCAACACCACAACAAAGAUAUGAUGUCUUUCUCAGUUUUAGAGGUGAGGACACGCGCAAUAGUUUUACCGACCAUCUAUAUGUUGCCUUAAAACAAAAGGGCAUUUCUCCAUUUAGAGAUGAGGAAAAACUUGAAACUGGAAAAUCUAUUGCACCAGAGCUUUUGAAAGCAAUAGAAGAAUCAAGGUUUGCAAUUGUUAUUCUCUCUAGAAACUAUGCAUCUUCUACAUGGUGUUUGGAUGAACUUGUGAAGAUCAUUCAGUGCAUGAAAGAGAUGAAAAUGACGGUUAUACCAAUUUUUUAUUACGUGGAUCCAUCUAAUGUACGAAAACAAGAGGGUACUUUUGCACAAGCCUUUGAUAAACAUGAAGAACGUUUCAAGGACUGCAUAGAGAAUGUGCAAACAUGGAGAACUGCUUUGACAGAAGUGGCCAAUCUCAAAGGAUGGCAUGUACAAGAUAGGCCUGAGUCACAAAUUAUCCAAGAGAUUGUGGGAAAAUUAUGGCAUAAAUUAGGUUAUUCAUUCUCAGAAAAUACUAAAAACCUAGUAGGAAUCAUUUCUAGAAGGGAGAAAUUGGAGUCAUGUUUGGAUUUAGGGUCAAAUGAUGUUCGCAUUAUAGGAAUUUGGGGAAUGGGAGGAAUAGGUAAAACAACUCUUGCAAGAGUUGUUUUUCGCAUGUUUUCAAAUAAGUUUGAAGGUGGUUGUUUUCUUGCUAAUGUUAGGGGAGUUUGUGAAAGAGAUGGUUUAGUACAAUUACAACAGCAACUUAUUCUUCAAAUUUUGAAUGAAAAUAUCAGUGUACAAGAUGUUAAUGAUGGAGUUUUUGUGAUUGAGAAUAGAUUGCGUCAUAAAAGAAUUCUUCUUGUUCUUGAUGAUGUAGAUCAAUUAGACCAAUUAAACAAGUUAGCAGGGAAUCAUACUUGGUUUGGUUUAGGAAGUAGAGUUAUUAUAACAACAAGAGAUAAGCAUUUGCUAAAGGCCCUUGGAGUUAAUGAAAUAUAUGAGGCUAAUGGAUUGACUGAAUAUGAAUCUCUUCAUCUUUUGAGUUUGAAAGCAUUUAAAAAAGAGCAUCCUCCUGAAGAGUAUCUAAAGUUGUCCAAAGACUUUGUAAAUUAUGCUUGUGGGCUUCCUUUAGCUAUUGAGAUUUUGGGUUCUUUUUUGGUUGGUAGAAAAAUCAAUGAAUGGAAAAGUACAUUAAAUAGACUAAAACGGUUUCCUCAAACAGAUAUUCUCCAAGUACUUAGAAUAAGUUUUGACACACUACAUGAAACAGAGAAGGAAAUAUUCCUAAAUAUUGCUUGUUUCUUUAAUCAUGAAAAGAAAAAAGAUGUAGUAGAAAUACUAAAUUAUCUUGACCUUUUUCCAGAUCUUGGAUUGGGGGUUCUUUUUGAUAAAUCUCUUGUUAAAUUCAAUGAUUGUACCGUGUGGAUGCAUGAUUUGCUUCAAGAAAUGGGCAAGCACAUAGUUUAUGAAGAGUUUCCUAAAGAGCCGGGAAAGUGUGGCAAACUGUGGAGUUUUGAGGACAUUAAUGAUGUACUGACAGAAAAUAUGGGAACAAAAGCAAUUCAAGGUGUGGUCCUAAAGUUGCAAAAACAAAAAGAGGCAUAUUGGAAUCCGGAAUGCUUUUCAAAGGUUCUUGAUCUUAAAUUGCUCAUAAUUGAUAACGUUCACCUUUUGCGUGAGCCCAAAUAUCUUCCUAAUGCCUUGAGCUAUCUUGAUUGGAGUGGAUACCCUUCAAAAUAUUUUCCAUCAAGUUUCCAACAAAAGCCUUUUGAUAGUUUGAAGUUCAUCAAAUUAAAGGAAUCACUAAAAUUGAUUGAAACCCCUAACUUCAAUGAAAUCCCAAAUCUUGAGAAAUUGGUUCUUAAGGGUUGUACAAGUUUACAUUCCUUGCACCCAUCAAUUGGAGUUCAUCAAAAACUCACUUUUCUUAACCUAAAAGGUUGCAAAAACCUUAGAAGUCUUCCAAGAAAGUUGGAAAUGGAGUCUCUUGAGAUCCUUAUUCUUUCUAGUUGCUCAAAUUUUUUAAGAAUUCCAGAGUUUGGAGAAAAUAUGACAAGUGUAUCAAGGCUUUACUUAGAUGGCACUGCUAUUACAAAAUUACCUACAUCAAUUGGGAAUUUGACUGGCCUUGCUUUAUUGAAUGUAAAAGAUUGCAAAAAUCUCAUGUCUCUUCCUAGUACCUUUUUUAAUAUGAAGUGGCUUAAAGUUCUCAAUCUUUCUGGAUGCUCAAAACUAGAAAAUUUGGUGACUGUGAAAAGUGUAGAGGAGGUUGAUGUGAGUGGAACUGCCACAGGACUUGUGCCUUAUUCUAAUGCUCUUUUUCAAACUCUUAAAAACCUAGCUUUGGGUGGAUUUAAGCCGAGAAGUCCCAAUCGUAUGGGCUUGUUAUCGACUUCUUUAUUGGGCUUGUGUUCUUUGACCAGUCUGAAUCUAAGUUAUUGCAAUCUCAAUGCAAUCCCCAAUGAUAUUUGUCGCUUAUUCUCUUUAGAAAAAUUAUGUCUAAAUGGAAAUAAUUUUGGUUACCUUCCAGAAAACAUGACUCAACUAUCUAGGCUAUAUUUGUUGGAGGUGAACAAUUUUACAAGUCUUCGAUCAUGGCCAAAGCUUCCAUUAAAUAUUGAUUCCAUUUGGGGAAAGGGUUGUACCUCAUUGGAAACGUUACCAGGUCUAUUUCCAUCAUAUUCUUUAUCAGGGAGACACCUCUUCUUUACAAAUUGCAGUACAUUGGCUGAGAAUGAUGGCUUCAUUGAUUGUGAAUUGCUGCUUUUUGAAAUGAUAACAAGUUCCCUUCUAUUCCCAGAGCGUGUUAUCCCUGGAAGUGAUGGUAUGUUUGAUAACAUUACCGACAGAUAUGGUAGUGUUUUCCCUGGAAGUAAAAUUCCAAAGUGGUUUAGGCAUCAAAGAAGUGGGGAUGAAGUUAGUAUACAAGAACCUAAUUCUCUUUUUUGUAAUGAGUGGAUUGGGAUUGCUGUUUGUGUUGUAUUUUGUUCUCAUCCACAUCACCAAAUUGCCGUAGAAAGUUCACUUGCCUUUUACUUGAUAGUCAAUGGAUUUCGAACAGGUGUGUUACUAGAGAAGAUGGGCGACAUUGUUCCUUUAUUAGAUCACACUUGGCUACUUUAUUUGCUUCCUCAAUACUACGAGAAGAGAAACAUAAAUAUAAGAGCAUUGUUGGUACAGUAUUGUGAUGCAAAUGGAUUCAGUCAAAUUGGAAUUAGUAUUAAAGCCCGUGGUAUUUCCUGUGGGAAGACAUGA